ACCACCACCACCACCACGAUGCCUUUGUCCACUCGGAACGGGCCCAUACAAAAGCCGCCAGCACGCAAAACUCGCUCUACCCGCUCUACGAAAGCCGCGUCGGGCUGGGAAUUAGUCGCACGACAUGAGGACGCGCCCCAAACGACCACUCGCCAGCAGCGUGAUGAAUCGCCCUUGGAUCUUGGCCUGCGCGAUGCUUCACAACACCUGCGUGACAUGGCUGAGCGCGUUGGCAAGGAAGUCGAGACGUUUGCAGAGCGACUGGACGAGUUCUUGGACUCUCUGCCUCAGAGCAGCACAUAUGAUGCCGUACUCGGCCUUGUGGACGAAUACCAGAACAUUGCCAAGGACGCGGCCUAUAAAUUGGAUAUCGAGCAUCGCAAAGAAAGGGCUCAAUUGCUGCGGCAGGAAUGGAGUAAUGCCGCUCACGUCUCAACGGCCACUUCGACAGAUGUACUGGCGACCACGAAGAGCCUCAGGCUGGCUGCUAGUGUAAGCGAGAGCAAAAAGGAAAAGGUGGAACAGCAGCGAAAGUGGCAGCAGGAGGCCGAUAUCUGGGAUUUAUUCAGACUCAUGCUGGAGCUGCAUCAUCACCCGGAUCAGCGCGCACAGAAGAGACAGCGAGAUGAUAGGCUCAGGGAGCUCGGCGAUGUGCACCGGUAUACUUCAGAGGCGGCGCUGUGGGAUCGUUUCCUUUUGACGGAUGAUGUCGCAAAGGAGCGGCACCUGGUCAAGCAAUGGCUAGAGCAGUCUGCCAACCAUCAGGCCAGUGAGGUGGCCGGGAUCGUAGAGGAGCUGGAGUCUAAAGCUGGACGUGGGCGAGGACUAUGGAGCAAUGGGUGGAUGCAUACGAGAGAGAGGAUCAAGCAUGAGAAGCGACUGAGAGCAUGGCCUGAACCUGAUGCCAUGCCUUUGCCUCAUCUGAAGCGCAGUGACAAUCCCGAAGCUCUCGUGACAAGCUUGGAUCCAGAUGCCGCAACCAGGCAAGACCGAUCGUUAGAGAGGCCGGAUGCUUACUUCGAGCGCGCAACUUGGAUCACAUGCUGGGAAAUGCUUAGGCGAGGCCAUAGCUGGGAACAAGUCAGCGAAUGGUGCGAGCAGCGCAAUGAAAGCUGGAGAGCGAUCGUUAUCGGCAAGUCAUCAGACGGGAGCGAUGUGGCCUCGAACUCUGCGUGGAGAAAGAUGUGCUACCUUGCCUCGCAAUCUGGCUGCACCAGUGACUUUGAAGCUGCAGUGUAUGGUCUGCUGGGUGGCGCUGUCAAUGCCAUGCAGAAGGUCUGUCACACCUUGGACGAUCGCCUCUAUGCGAACUACAGCUCUUAUCUGGUACGGCAAUUCGAUCUUUACCUUGUCAACAACUUUCCCGAUCGUGCGCCGUUUGCUCGAAGUGGCGUCACAGAGGAGGAGUUGCAGGACCCGGAUCAAGCCAUCUAUGACCUCCUCGCCAGGUUGCGGAAAGAGCCCGAGACUGCAAAGGAGGCUGUCCAGCCUAUGAAGAUCAUACAAAGCUAUCUCAUUGCCAACGAUAUCGGCAGCCUAAUUCAUACCCUUGGGUUUGCGGUCGCGUAUGCAGACAGGCAGCUUCAUUCCAUGGAGCAGAUGAUCGUGCAUCUCGAGCCUUUUUGGGAUGAUAAACGAUCGAAUCAGCCCGAGAUGGAGGUUGCCUUGGAUCCCCAGACUCUUCGCAUAGUGGUCCAUAUGGGCAUUAUCUUGGAUACCUUGUCCCCGCAGAAACUCGACUGGGAGGCACAGUCAGCCAAGGAGAACACAAUCGUGGCAUACAUUCAGGCAUUGCGAGCGGCAGGCAAACGUGACCUCAUUCCAGUCUACGCAUCCCGUCUCUCGAAGGGUGCGUACGUGGCCACGAUGAGCCGCGUGUUGCAGGACAUCACGGACGAGAGGGAGCAGCAAGAAACGCUUGGUCUUCUGAAGCAGUAUGGCUUGGAUGUUGUUUUUAUUCUCAACGAACAGCUUGGCUACAUGCUUGAUCAGUACCUGGCGAAUGACCUCGGGAGGAUGGAGAAGCCAUUAAAGAUGUUAGAAACCUCACAGGAGGCGCAUCACCCGAGUCAGCGUAUUGCUAGUGACUUUGUGCCUGAGCACUCGAUCGAAGACGAUCGUGCCAUAGUCGCAAGCCUGAGGUGGUUCAAUAUCAUCGACGGGCAAUGGGAGAAGACUUUCGGUAACCUGUCGCUGGCUCUCAGGAAAGCUUUGAUUGCAGGUCGCUUGGGCUGCGCCUUGUACAUCGUAGACGAAUUUCCGUAUGAGACACUUGCGAGGCGGAAGUCCUAUCAAGUCAUUGGCAAAUCCAUCAAUCCCAUGGACCCAGACUCUGACCUCUCGGCAGGCGAAGGAUCCACGACGGAGCUUCUCGCCCGCCAGAGCCGGACGUACUACGAGUUGGAGCUAGUCAUGACCGCCAUUCAAGCUCUUGCGAGUUGGAGAGCUGAAGAGGAGGCAUACACGCUGAAGAAACCUAAGCUCUCUGGAGCUGGUCCGACCCUCAAGGCGUCCAAAGAGGCGGUUGAUGAAGCUAUGCUGCCUGUGGUCGAAGGCAACUUGUUAUUGAACCCUGUCGACGAGGAGGAAGCUGCGGAUCUGGAGUUGAUUCGAAAGUGGUACUUCCCCGAACUCAUCAUCGCAUACAAUGCCGUGCAUCACGCUGCUGGCUACAUGAUCUCUCGGGAACAUUUGGUCAAGAGUAUGGAUCUGAGCGUCACGAUCGCGAAUGAUGAUUACCACCUGUCCGAGACAUUUGUGGCUGCGGGGCGGAUGCGCGAGCUCGUGGAUAGUUUUGCACACACUAGCCGCAGCAUGCUGAUUUUGAAGGCCGAAGGCAAGAAGUGGCACAAUCGCAAGGAUCGAGAGGGGAAGGAUCUAGGCAUAUGGGAGGCUCAGGCCACUGCAGGCAGCGCGCAUGGCCGCGAUAUCUCUUUGUCAUAGGGUCUGGCACGGUGAGCAUUCGCGUUCGCGCAUGAUGUACGCCGAGCAGCUCCUCAGCUCGCAAUGGGACGAACAAUGGAUGCGACCGAGGACGAACACGUUGUCUUCGCUGGGGGGAAAGCGGGCGGGCAGUUGACAUUGCGGAAGCGCAGUGGGGGUGCAGAUGACAGCUCACAUCCAUUGCACGAGACAUGUAUGCCAAGCUUUUCGAUGUAUCCAUUGGCAGCCUCCUUUACAUGCUCCAUGGAGCGGACUACGCCGCGUUGCACUGUUUCCCUUUUCGCCUCUCUCGUGUCCAAAUGUGACCACAUUGCUCUCGCCGUGCACGUCUCGAGGUACCUAGUGUUCGAGACUAGUGCAUAUUCUGAGUCUUUUACUCCCACCAUGCCAUCUCGAGAUGCACAUGGAUGACCGUCUAGUAGACCUUUUUCUUCUCGUCGAAGCUUACCUGUCCCGGACCCAUGUUGACCAAAAGAAGCAGUCCACCCACGAUCGACAGGAUCUGGAAGAAAUCGUACUUGGCAAAAUCCUUGUGUGGGUGAUGUGGGUGUAGUGUCCAGAAGUUGUUCACCAAAAUGUUGAAAACACUCAAGAUCAUCACGAGCACAAUGGCGCUCCACUUCGCCUUGAAUCCCACGACCACCAUGACGCAGGCUACGAGACCGAUGACAAUGACUACCACACGACCGAGGCUCCAUUCGCCAGCGAACACAAAUCCAAUGAACAGGAAAAUGAGAAGUACUCUGCCAGCCAGUUGAAAGUACAUUUUUCGGUCCUUCUCAUCCAGUGUGGGCAGCCCUGCUGGGGCAAACUUCUUCCUAACCCAGCUGUCGGACAGCACCAUUAUGAGGCCGCCCAUGACCGACAGGUUGCGCAGGAAGAAGUUGAUGUCGAAGAUCAGCCCAUACCCGAGGGCCUGUGUGACUACAACGCCAAUGAGACCACCAACGGCAUAUUCGGAGUAUUUGCGAGCGAUGAUGAGGACGGAGGAGACGGUCAUGGCGAGAACAUUGAUCAGGAGGAACAGGUGGUUGAUGCCCCACGGCAUGUAGCGAUAGGUGUGCAGGUACUCCAACUGAUCGCUCCACUGGGUAAUAAUCCUCAAUGCAUCCUCCAAAAAGGUCACCACGAUCAGAAAGCGGCCGAUGGCUGGCAGAUAUGGCUUGAGCGGGUCUGAAUACGUGUCGAGCAGAUCCUCCAGUUUACUCGUCUGCUCCCGGAUGGCGUCCAGCGGCGAUGGAUCAUUGGUGGCUGAGGACGACGAAGGCCCGCUGCCAAAGCUAUUGUUCAUCAUGCCUCCGCCGUGGUUGGGGUUGGCGUUGUUGCCGCUGCCGAGGUGGUAGCCAGCGGUGCCGCGAAUCUGCGCCAUUGUCGACGCGUGACCCACUCGAUAUGUCUGAUUUCUGUUGUAAGGUUGGCAACGUAGUCGUCGGGUAGGGUAUGGUAUGGUAUAUGGUAUGGCCUCUGCUGGCUUCUUCAAUGCACGCCCGUCGGGGGAUUGCGGUUACCGCCGACCGACGAAAGGACGGGAAGUGGGAGUGCUGCUGCUGCUGCUGCUCUCACCACAACGACUCCUGGGGCAGGCUGGGUGGUGCGGUGUUGUGCCUGACGCUCGCUCUUCGCUGUCCGGAGGGUGGUGGUGGUGGUGGUGGCAGUCGAUAGGGACGG